UCGAUUGAAACAAGCGAAUCGAGGUGGCCUGCAACUACCCUAAACAACACUGCAUAAGAAGCCAACAAACUAGUAUAUAACGCCCACCAUACCCUCUUCAUUUUCAGUACCACCUCACCAUCCUCCAUUCAUAUCGACGAUUUUCACCCACCUCUUUCUCUCUCUCUCUCUCUCUCUCUCUCUCUCUCUCAGUUUCUCAAUCUUUCAAUGGCGCUCAAGCUCCAUGGAAUUCCCAUGUCCACUUGCACCACUCGUGUCCUCACCUGUCUCCAUGAGAAAGGCUUGGAUUUUGAGCUUGUCCCUGUUAAUCUCUUUGGAGGUGAACAUAAGCAGCCUCCUUUUCUUGCCAAGAAUCCCUUUGGACAGAUUCCAGUUCUGGAAGAUGGAGAUUUCACUCUUUUUGAAUCUAGAGCAAUAACAGCAUAUUUGGCCGAGAAAUACAAGGAAACGGGGUGUGAUCUCUUGAGGCACAAUGACCUCAAAGAAGCUGCAUUGGUGAAGGUAUGGUUGGAGGUUGAAUCCCAACACUACUAUCCUGCAAUAUACCAGAUUGUGUACCAGUUCUUCGCGUUGCCUUUACAAGGCAAGACGGCCGAUCAGGCCAUUAUUGAUGUAAAUCUGGAGAAGUUGGGUAAGGUUCUGGAUGUGUAUGAGGCCAGGCUGGGCACCACAAAGUGCCUAGCAGGAGAUUUCUACAGCUUGGCUGAUCUUCACCACCUUUCUUACACUCACUACUUCAUGAAGACGCCAUGGGCUUCCCUCAUAAACAGCCGUCCCAAUGUGAAGGCAUGGUGGGAGGACAUUUCCUUAAGGCCAGCUUUCAAGAAAGUGGCUGAGGGCAUGACUUUCGGUGAGAAGUGAUCGGUUUCUGAGCAGUGUGGCUCUAUGUUUUGGGGUAAUAUUAAUUGUAGUAGUUGCUGCCUCUUAAUUACGUGUAUUUAAGUGUGAGACCACGUAAUAAUUACUGAUUAUGUGUUAUGAUUUGCCCUCAAUUAAUCAGAAAUGUGGAAUUAUCUGGGGCUUCUCCUCGUGGUAA